UCUGCUGUUAGUUUCUUAACAGUUCCUGCACAAUGUUCCAGACAGCAGCGCGUCCCCAUGUGUGUCCCCUGAUAAGUGAGGACAUGUGAGACAUGCACCACUUCAUUAAGCAGUCCGUGUGUGUGUUUUGGUGGAGGUAGUGGUGCUGCUGCUGCUGCUGGUGUAGAUGUUGAUCUUGCUGUUGCUUUGAGCGCUCCUGGUCACACACCACGUCCGCCUUUAUGAUGUUGCCUUGGAAGAAGAACAAGUUCGAGCUGAUCGAGGAAGACAAGCAGUCGAAGCCCAAAGGCUACACGGUGAGUCUGAACUACUCAGCGCUCACCACGCUGGCCAAGGCGUGUCCGGAGAGCGCGCUGAACCGGGUCGGAAGCAUGUUCAAGUCGAAGCGGAGAAAGUUGAAAAUCACGAGCGAGGACCCCACGUACACGGUGCUGUACCUCGGUAACGCCACGACCAUCCAGUCGAAGGGCGAAGGCUGCACGGACGUGGCCGUGAGUAAGAUCUGGAACAAGAGCGACAUGGGGAAGAGCGGCACGAAGAUGCGGCUGACGAUGAGCUCGCACGGGGUGCGCAUGGUGCACACGGACGAACAAGCGCGCAGACCCGGACACCUGUACCUCCUUCACCGGAUCACAUACUGCGUCGCGGAUCCGCGCCUUCCCCGGGUCUUCGCCUGGAUCUACCGGCACGAGAUGAAGCACAAAGCGGUGAUGCUGCGCUGCCACGCCGUGCUCGUGUCGCGGCCUGAGAAGGCGAAAGCCAUGGCGCUGCUCCUCUACCAGACUUCGGCUACGGCGCUGGCCGAGUUCAAGCGCCUCAAGCGCCGCGACGACGCGCGCCACCAGCAGCAGCAGCUCAUCGGCGACCAGACCAUCCCUCUCGUGCCGCUGCGCAAGCUCCUGAACGCCCAGUGCUGCUACAAGCCCCCCGUCGAGCGCAGCAGGAGCGCACCCAAACUCGGCUCCAUCACCGAGGACCUGCUCGGCGAGGAAGCCGAAGAGAAAGCCACUCAGUUCGAGUGCGAGGACGUGCUGGACACGGAUGACGAGCGCGCAGAGAAACCCCUACUGUGCCAGCUCAUCAAUGAUCUGGGUGAGAUGGGCAUCGGGAACGACGUGCGGACUCUAAAAGCCGACCUCAGGGUGACCAGACUUCUUUCUGGGGAGAGCACAAGCAGCGAGUCGUCCCUGGAGAGCAGCCACGAUCCCGGGGUCGUGCCCGGCGAUGCCGACGCGCGCAAAACGCCUGAGGUCGGCUGAUGGUUCUUGUGCGUUUCACUUGUCGGCAGAAUCUUUUGACUUUUUUUUUUUUUCUGCAUGAAGAAGCCAUGUUUCUAAAAGUCAUCCUUUCUUACUUUGCAUCCAAGGAGUGUGAACAAAAUCAAUCAGAACGAUGCCAUAAAAUCACAGAAAUGAACAAAAAAUGCUGUAAGAAAACGAGUAAAGCGCCUUAAUCUUUACUUUAGAAAUAAUGCACAGAAAUUAAAAAAGAAGAAAAAAAAAAAAGGAAAUACUCUGAAUUUUUUCAGAUUUUUUGAAACCUUGGAAAGUGCAAAACAAAGGACUUCAGUCUGAUUUUUUUUUUUUUCUGCCUGAUUUCAAGCAUUCUGGAUGAAAUCCAGGUCGUGAUGCGUUCCAGAAUGAUCUGGGUGUUUGUGCCGGGUUUAUUUGGUGGCUUUGUGUUUUAUCUGGACAUUCCGAUGGAACCCUGGUUGUAGGGAGAAGAACCAGAGGUGCCACUCAACCUCAGGCCGAGCUGGGACGAGGAGAACCGAUUUUUCGGUCUCGAUCAAAAAAAGUUACGUUCAAGAUUGUAAAAGAAAUCUCGAAAUCUUUAAAGAACUCCUAAUCGUCCCCAGGUAUCACUAUACCUUCAGGACCCUCUGUUUCCUGUUCCACACUUGUGUGUUGUGUAUCGACUUCGUUAUGUUAAUGAUCCUGUAUACAACAUGUUUCCAUUGUUUUUUUUUUUGUUUUUUUGAAUGUUCUUACACACAAAACAAAAAAAUUCUAUGUUCUUAUCUUUGCUGUGCAAAAGAGAAAAGAAAAUAACGUAUUGAGAUGUAAAUAGCCGAAAUGUGUACUAUUUUUAAAAAGAAAAAAAAAGGUUCACGUGAAUUGUUUUUGUGUAUCAUGGAAAAUGAGCGAAAAUAAAAAAGAAAACAAUUCCA